UGUAUAAUUUUUCUCCUCCCCUCCCCUCCUUCUACCGCGCUAAUUUCUAGGGUUUGCAGUCCGCCCCUUCUGAUACUUCCCGUCCCUGAUUCCAAGAACCUUAAUUCUGAAACGAAAUCACGGAAAGGUACGCUUUUUCUCGCAAUUCGUGCUAUAAUAUUUACAUUUGAGCUUUUUUCGCCGGGAAAUUUCGUUGGGAUAUCAGUGGAACCGUCCGCGUUCUUGAUUCCUUGUGGGUCGAGGAAUUUGAGUUUCUUUGGUUAUUGCUGAAUUCUGUUGUUGUAGUUUCUUUGGAGAUCUGGGGAAUUCUGUGGUAGAUCAUUGUAAGUUGGGCUAGGUUUAGGUUGUUUUGGUAGGUUGAGGUAUGGAUUUAGAGGAGUGCUCGAAAUCUGGGUUUGAGGAGGUGGUAGAGGAGAAGGAGAGUGGAACCCUAGAAAAGAUGGCACCUUUAGGUGGAAUUAAGGUGGAGAUCAAUGGCGACAUAGGUCCUGAAGAACAUAUUAAGAACCAUUCCCCGGUCGACACAGGGGGUGCUGGUGAUGUUAGGGAGGGGAAAGGAAGUGUAUCUCCUGCUGAAGCAAUGGUAUCGGCUCCCAUGGAUACAAAAGUGAAUGGAGCUGGAGUUCGAAUGGAGAAUACGGCUGGUUUGCCCCUGAGGUCAAUUGUAUCUCCUCCAAUUGCAGCUCCUGAGGUGGUGGCAUCAAAGCCAACACCUACAAAGGGGUAUGGAUUAAAGAAAUGGAGGAGGAUAAGGAGAGACUUGAAUAAGGAUGGAGCAACUGGUGCUGAUUCUGCUCAGGUUCUCAAACGCAGGCUUUCACUUACGGAGACUCAAAAGGCUCGUGACGAGAGCAAGCAGAAGAGUGAUGAGGGUUCAAUGGCUUCUGUGGAGUCGAGGAAUGCUAGAGGGGCUCCCCUUGCAGUUGCUGGUGGCACCUUGGAUCCAGAGCUUGGACUGUUGGUGGCUGCUGCUGGCUUCUCUAUUGGCAUGGAUUCUGAGAACAGUGAGGACCGAAGUAGCAAGUCUUCAACAGCUGCAAGUGCUCCAAGGCUGAGGCAUGAAGCAGUAGGAUUCGGGAGGGAGAGAGGCAGGGUGAAAAAUUCUGGUGGGAGAGGAUCAGGGAAUGUUUUACAACAAAGGGGUCAACAGGGGAGAGGAGGUGGCUUAGAUAUCAGUAAGAAAUUUAGAGGAGAUCAGGUUAGAAUUGAGAAGGAAAAUUCCCAUUCUAGUGUAGAGUCUGACUUGAGAAGCUCUGAUGCAGCUUUUAUGCAGAGGGGCAGCGUGGUUAAUAAUGCAAAGCAGAGUGACAAGUCCAUAAAUGAUGAUGGAUAUCACAGCGAUGAAGCUCAGCCAAGUGAGGAAGUCCGAUCACCUUACCACAAGGAGAAUGGGGGGAUUGAAGAUUUAUCAAAGGUAGAUUUAGAUGCUGAAUUAUUGACAGAAGAGAAGGUUGAAAAAAGCAAGAGUCACUGGCGACAUCCAAAUCUUGAUCCUUUUGUGGAGUCACUUAUUUUGCUCGAAGCAGCUCAGCAAGCUCUAGAAAGUGGAGAAAAUAACAGCCAAAGCUAUCAACCUUUAAGUUCUGAAUGUUGUUUCGAGCUUGGAACCAUGCAUUUGGGUUUCCUAGGCAAACCACAUCUUUUGUACAUCUGUGAUGCACAAACAGAAAUUGAGAACAUUGGGGAAAUUGGGAAGGAGCCAGGUGUUGAUGACUUUGAUGAUAACAAUGAAGAAGCAGAAGGGAGUAGCUCCCCAUCUCCUGCAGCUGAUUCAGGCCAAUUGAAUCGAAAGAUGGAACAUCUUCAAUAUAAACUGGAAGAAGCAUUGGCAAUUGUCAAGGCUAGAGAAUCGAAGGUGCUCGAACUUGAAGCAAUCCUCAACACAACUGAGUUGGCAGGCAAGGAAAUAGGGAACACUGAUCUGCCAUUACUUCAAGAGAAGUGCAAGGAGAUGGAGGUUGAUCUUGACAGACUGCUUGAGAAGAAGAUGCAGGCAGAAAUCGAGUAUCUGAUCAUGACAAGAACUACCCAGAGUUGGAAACUCCAGGCAGAAGAUCACAUUGCUCUCCUUGAGGACCAGAAGUCUCUCGCUGGGGAUCAAACACAGAUUAUGCUUAAUUGGAGAGAUACUGAGAAUAAGGUUAUCAUGUUGAAAGGGAAAAUGGAGGAAUUAGAGGCUUACUGCAAGGAGCUGGUAGGGACUGGAGAGGUCUUGCGGCUGCAAAAUAAAGUCUUCAAGUCUUCCCUCUGUUGUUUUAUUCAGCUGGUAAUGUUGUCCAUCGCCUUUGGGCUGUUUCUCAUGCAGCUGUUUGCCCCAUCUCAUGGGGUUGUACCCACCUAAUUUUCGGAAGACAAGUUUCUCACGUACUUACAAUCGAUUUCAGUUGUAGUUUUUGUGUAAGAUGUUAUCCAGCAAAUAUGAAUGUAUAUGCUGCCUUCUUGAUAUUCUUUAGCACUCUCGAGUCAAUAAAUUUGCUAAUUGCAUCAA